GCGUGAAGGGGAGGGAGGGACGGGCGCGCGAGAUGCGAUCUCAGAGACACGCGUUGCACUUUACUUUCACUCAUCUGCACAUCGACAUGAGGAUGGAGCUCGACUCCUCGUGUACUCCUCAUAUCUGCUCAACAAUCCGUUUUUAAUUAGAAGCAGAGAAGCAACAAUUUGUCUGGGAUUAUUUUCACGUUAAGCACAAUUCUCCUAAAACAUGAGUGACAUCUACGAGUCUGCAGCCAAUUCUCUGGGCUUGUUCAGCAGCCCUUGCCUGACCAAAGUGGAGCUUCGUGUAACCUGCAAAGGGAUUUCAGAUAGGGAUGCCCUCUCUAAACCUGAUCCGUGUGUGGUCAUCAAAAUGCAGUCCCAUGGCCAGUGGCUGGAGGUGGACAGGACAGAGAUAAUACGGAGCUGCAUUAACCCCACGUUUUCCAAAGUCUUCACCCUGGACUUCUACUUCGAGGAAGUCCAGCGUUUACGUUACGAGCUCUACGACAUCAGCAACAGUCAUAAUGACACGAGAGAUGCCGACUGCCUGGGAGCCAUGGAGUGCACGCUCGGCCAAAUCAUCUCCCAGAGAAAAUUCACCAAAGCCCUGCAUAAACACGGCAACACAGUUGGGAAGUCUUCAAUCACGAUCACCGCAGAAGAGCUGACGGGAAAUAAUGACUAUGUCGAACUCUCCUUCAGUGCCAGGAAGUUGGAUGAUAAGGACUUCUUCAGCAAGUCUGAUCCAUUUUUGGAGAUCUACAGGGUAAAUGAUGAUAACACCCAGCAGUUGGUGCACAGAACAGAGACUGUCAUGAACAACCUCAAUCCUGUGUGGAAAACCUUUAAAACGUCCCUGAACUCGCUCUGCAGUGGAGACCAUGACCGAAUACUAAAGUGUACAGUCUGGGACUGGGAUUCGAAUGGAAAGCAUGAUUUCAUAGGAGAAUUUCAAGCUACCUUCAAAGAAAUGCGGUCAGCGAUGGAUGGACGACAGGUCCAGUGGGAAUGCAUAAACCCUAAAUAUAAGGUCAAGAAGAAGAACUACAAGAAUUCUGGGAUUGUCAUUUUAAAUCAAUGCAAGAUAAUUAAGAUGCAUUCUUUUCUGGACUACAUUAUGGGUGGUUGCCAAAUACAGUUUACAGUAGCUAUCGAUUUCACAGCGUCUAAUGGGGAUCCGAAGAACAGUUGUUCGUUACACUACAUCCACCCCUACCAGCCGAACGAAUAUCUGAAAGCUUUAGUCGCAGUUGGGGAGAUUUGCCAAGACUAUGACAGUGACAAAAUGUUUCCGGCCUUUGGCUUUGGUGCUCGGAUCCCUCCGGACUUUAAGGUUUCACACGACUUUGCAGUCAACUUUAAUGAGGACAAUCCUGAAUGUGCAGGUAUCCAGGGUGUGGUUGAGGCCUACCAAAACUGCCUUCCCAAGCUUCAGUUGUACGGUCCCACAAACAUUGCUCCUAUAAUCCAGAAAGUGGCCAACUUUGCCUCUGAGGAGAUGCACACCAAAGAGGCCAUGCAAUACUUCAUCCUUCUCAUCCUGACGGACGGCGUCAUCACAGAUAUGGCGGACACGAGAGAGGCCAUCGUCCAAGCAUCUCACCUGCCCAUGUCCGUCAUCAUUGUGGGUGUGGGAAAUGCAGAUUUCACCGAUAUGGAGAUGCUAGAUGGCGAUGACGGGAUUCUUCGUUCACCCAAAGGAGAACCGGUGUUGCGUGAUAUUGUGCAGUUUGUACCGUUUCGCAACUUUAAACAUGCUUCUCCCGCCGCCCUGGCAAAAAGUGUCUUAGCUGAGGUCCCGAACCAGGUGGUGGAUUAUUACAACAGUAAAGGAAUCAAGCCCAAGUGCCCCAUCGAGUACGAGUCUUCCAGGACGUUCGGUCACUAAAGCGUUGAACCCACGAGCUGUCGCUCGAUCCCCAAAAUAGCACGUUUCUGUGAAUUUGAAAAACAAAUCUGUUCUACUCUAUUGCAUUUGCAUGCGUAGACUGUGAGACUUGCAUAAGUGUUGCAAUGCUACCAUUCCUAUUAUGUACAUGCGCACAUGUACAGACCCGAAAUGUAUGAAGAGAAGCACCAAGAUGUCUGACCUAAGCAUGAUGACUGGGACUUAUUUAGUGUGUGGAUUAUCUGUUGGUUUCUUUUAUAUAAAAGUUUAUUGAGAUUUUGCUAAAUUUCGUAAUGUUCUUACAUUGUAAAGCAUUUUGGAUCCUAGAGAAUAGCUACUUGAAUUAGUUAUAUAUGAAUAUAUAUAUAUAAUAUAUAUAUAUAUAUAUACAGUAAAUGUGGAUAUGAUAUGAUAUGCUUUGUUUCUCUCUGUAUAUAUUUUUGUCCUAUUUUACAGAUUCAGGGUCAGGUGCAUGAUUGUAUUUUGCAUGUUAAUAAAAAAACAGCCUUGUUUUUUAAUGGUUCCCUUGGGGCUAUCAUAUUGUGAUGCUCCUCUCCUAACAAUGUCCACAUGCAAGACUUUAGAACUUGAAGUAUUUUUCGGUAGUUUUAAGUUAUGAUGUACUGAAGACUGUUUGAAAAAAAAAACUUUGUGCUAUGAAUGAUGCAUUUGUGGGGUUUUAGACAGAAAUGUAAGUAAAAUAAAAUAUCAGCUAAAAAUGUUUACAUUUGAACCUUUGAAAGAUAAAAUGUUUAUUUAUUUAUAUAUGAAGAAUUCAGAUGCAAAACCUUCUAACUGCGUCAGACAUGUUUUCGUGUAGGCCUAAAUGAGCAUUUUUAUCAAGCUCGUAUGUUUAGGUUCAGUAAAUUCACUUUAAUGGCAAUGUUAAAGUUUAUUAGUCAGUAAUUGAAAUGCCUUAUUUUUACAAAUGUCACUUUUUGAAAUGAAAAUUGUAUUUUACCGCAAAUUUUCCACUUCUAAUAAAAUCCACUUCUUUGAGAAAAAAAAUAAAGAUGCAUCUCGAAACAUUGUAAAUAGUGAAACUGAACCACACAUUAGGGGGCGCUGUGAUGAAUGUGUUUGCCACAUUUGGGUUGUAUACAGGUCCACGUACUCACAAGGGACCAAAGUUGAAAUGUGAUCCAAGGUCAGUUCACAUUUACAGUUUUCUGUUCACUCUUGGGACUGAAAAUGGAUCGGGCGUUUAUCGGAUUCUGCAUAAAAAACUGCAUUUCUGAAUGGCCUGACACCGUGGGUGUGCAUUAUUUUCGAAUAAUUCAAAGGACCGGAGUCAAUUAUUUCGCUAAUGCCACGUUUACCAAAAACAUUGGUAAACGUGGUUUACAGAAAUAUAAUCAACACUCAUGGAACAUUUCUCAGCCAAUCAGAAUAACGCAUUCAACAGCCCUGUGGUAUAAUUUAUAAUAACGCAUACCAAGAGCAUUCAGUUAAUCUAAUUUUCUCAUUUUUGACAGAGGUGGCGUUUAGCAGCUUUUGCAUCUGAGCUUUUCAUACAUUUUAUUUAUUAAUGCCAUUCCAGCAUGUAUGACAAUGGUGAAAACAGGUUAAUAGUUGAUCUACACACAAGUUUGGCCAUUAAAGUGUUUUAAAUUUACUAAAAUGCAGUCAUAGACGUUUUUUUUUUGUGAUGAACAUGUUGAAAUUUUAUAAAAAAUCUCAUAUUGGGUUUCAUUCCAACAAAUGGUUUUAAAUAACUUUGGAUCAGCAGUUCCUUUAGAUCCUUUUUUGUCAACAAUAAAGGCU